AUGGCAUCCUUCAAUAAUCAGACACAAUACUCUAUGCUGCCCAGGGCUUCCGAGGAAACAGAUCAUGAUGCUUCACCUCACACGCAUCUGCUUCCUACCUCAGAGAGCAGUCCGGUUCGACACAUGCCUACUGCUUGUUCUAUCACAUUGAGUCCUGUACUCAUUCUCAGAAUCAUCUCAUUCAUUCUCGCUCUUGCAGCAUUCAUCGUCUUUGUUGUUGAUGGUCGCGAAGCAUUCAUUGCUGCCGAUAUUUUCCUGGCGCUCCUUAUGAUCCUCAAUCUUCUGAGCGUCGUUCAAUAUUCAUUCGAUCACGUCUUCAAAGUGACCGUAGAGCUUCGCCAGAGUGCUUGGAGACAUGAUAUUGGAGGAAGCUAUGGCAAGACAAAGACAGUCACGUACGCGGAUAUCGGUCUGAGCGCUGCUUUAACACUUUGCUUGCUUCUUGGGAACGCCCUUACGAAUCGCUACUAUGGUGGACCGUACAAGGCCGGAGUGGUUGUCGGCUACUUUGUUGUACUCUGCCAGGUGUUGGUCACUGUUCCUGUCUUUGACCAGAAAAGCUUGACACUCACAGCAAGAUUGACCGACUUGAAGCCGAAGUUUGCUCCUCGGGACAAUAAACUUCCAACUCAAGCUCCGAGUGGCGUUGGUGGAGCUGAUACGGGCUCUGCUCGACGAAGGGCUACCGAGAGCGAGGAGCCGAGACACAGUCCUGAGGAGCUCGUUUAA